AUGGGAUCAAGAAUGAGCAAGCUGAGAAGACUCCUCCGCCACGGACAUGGAAAGGAGGAGCCUGUUUCGGCCCCCCGCGGCUACGUUCCGGUGAUCGUCGGCCUCGGGGACGACUCCAAGCGUUUCGUGAUCCAUCUCACCAUGCUGGGAGACGCAAAGAUGUUGGAGCUGCUCUACGUAUCGGCUGAGGAGUUCGGAUUCCGCAAUCCCGGCAUCCUGAGGAUUCCAUGUGAUGCCGGCAGCUUCGAGCGGUGGAUGCAUGGGAAGAACUCUCGUCAGAUUCACAAGUUUUCAGGUGAGGAAGUGAUCUCCUUCUUGUGA